AUCGUACGACUUUCUUUUCUGAAAAAGGAGCUUGCGAAGCGUCGGUUGCACGUUGGAGCUUCAGACGAGGAGCGCACACCCACAUCUCCUGGUCCCGUCCCACCUGCACCGCAACCUACCGGCACGCCACCAUUCCCACGGGCUCACGUAGACCGGGCCCAGCCUCCGCCCCACCAACCCUUGCCUCCCCACACCUCAGCAUCAACCACUCGUCUCUUUUUCUCCGCCCCGCCCGAAGCCGAGGAGGAGAGGGGAGCAGCGAGAUCGUGCGCGCCUCCGAGAUCUCCACGAAGGUUGGUGCCAGACCUGCUGCUUGUGUCUUCCCUUCCUGAUCACGUUUUCAAUUCUGCUUGCUAGGAGUUGUGGUAACAUGGGGCUCACCUUCACGAAGCUCUUCAGCCGGCUCUUCUCCAAGAAAGAGAUGAGGAUCCUUAUGGUUGGUCUCGAUGCAGCUGGUAAGACCACCAUCCUCUACAAGCUCAAGCUCGGAGAAAUCGUGACCACCAUCCCUACAAUCGGGUUUAAUGUGGAGACUGUUGAAUACAAGAACAUUAGCUUCACUGUCUGGGAUGUUGGAGGUCAGGACAAGAUCAGGCCAUUGUGGAGGCACUAUUUCCAGAACACCCAAGGCCUUAUCUUUGUUGUUGAUAGCAAUGACAGAGAUCGUGUUGUUGAAGCAAAGGAUGAGCUCCACAGGAUGCUGAACGAGGAUGAAUUGAGGGAUGCUGUCUUGCUCGUUUUCGCAAACAAGCAAGAUCUACCAAAUGCAAUGAACGCUGCUGAGAUCACCGAUAAGCUUGGUCUCCAUUCCCUGCGCCAACGCCACUGGUAUAUCCAGAGCACUUGUGCUACCACAGGAGAAGGUUUGUACGAGGGUCUUGAUUGGCUCUCCAACAACAUUGCAAACAAGGCCUGAAUGGACAAUUCUGCUGUUUCACGGAGCACAUCUGCACAUGGCGAGGCAUGGUCAUUUUGACCCUCAGACGAUCAUUGUUUCAUUGGAAAGUAUCGUAUUUCUAUGCUAGGCUUUUCAGAGAGAUUACUCUCUAAGAAACUGAUCCGAUAUUAAGACACUAUAAUUGGCAUUGGCACUAGUAGAUCGUUUACUGAGUAAUGCAGUUUAUUUUAAUGUAUCCCAAUUGUGUUGUAAGAUACAACUAUGCGUCGGAAUUACCCAUUCAAUUUGAAUCUAGAUACGUAGUUUUUGUUAUAUACUUAUACUUGGAUAUAUAUUGUUUAAUACAUGGUAAAAGUAACAUAUCAAGAAAAAUAUUUUAUAAUUUGAA